UUAAUCGAUGCCUCUAUUAUCCCAUCCUUUAUUAGUAUGUCUAUGUUCAUACCAAGCCUGUGUCUAAGGAAUACUACUAGUAGUAUUUUCCUACUUUUGCUUUCGCUGAAUUCAGUGUCUCGUACACUGUUCUUGUUCCAUUGAUUCUAAUUUUCUAUCUUCUUAACAUGCACACUUUGCUUUCAGAAGCCCUUACUCACCCUCCACUCCUCUCUCACCCACCCCGAACUCGCUCUUCCUCCAACCGAGCAAGCCUCUCCCUUCUUCCCUCAAACCUAAACCCUCACUUGACCCUCCUUUACCACGAGCCACCGAGUUCCACCACCUAUGCUUCCAUUUUGGACUCUUGUGGGUCCCCCAUUUUGGGAAAACAGCUUCACGCCCACUCUAUAAAAUCAGGGUUUAAUGCCCACGAGUUUGUUACAACCAAGUUGCUCCAAAUGUAUGCUAGAAACUGCUCUUUCGAGAACGCAUGUCACGUGUUCGACACAAUGCCUCUUCGAAACUUACACUCUUGGACCGCACUCCUGCGCGUUUACAUUGAAAUGGGGUUCUUUGAGGAAGCGUUUUUUCUUUUCGAGCAGUUGUUAUACGAAGGGGUGCGGGUAAGAUUGGAUUUUUUCGUAUUCCCGGUGGUGCUGAAGAUUUGUUGUGGGCUAUGUGCUGUGGAACUGGGUAGGCAAAUGCAUGGGAUGGCGUUGAAACAUGAGUUUGUCAAGAAUGUUUACGUGGGCAAUGCUUUGAUAGAUAUGUAUGGUAAAUGUGGGAGCUUAGAUGAGGCCAAGAAAGUUCUAGAAGGAAUGCCCCAAAAGGAUUGUGUCUCUUGGAAUUCUUUGAUCACUGCUUGUGUUGCUAAUGGGUCUGUAUACGAGGCAUUGGGUCUCUUGCAAAAUAUGUCUGCGGGUGAGUGUGGUUUAGCACCCAAUCUUGUUUCCUGGACUGUGGUGAUUGGCGGAUUCACACAAAACGGUUACUAUGUUGAGUCGGUUAAACUGCUUGCAAGAAUGGUGGUAGAAGCAGGGAUGAGACCGAAUGCUCAAACACUGGUGAGUGUUCUUCCGGCUUGUGCGAGAAUGCAAUGGCUACACCUUGGGAAGGAACUGCAUGGCUAUGUUGUUAGACAAGAGUUCUUCUCUAAUGUUUUUGUUGUGAAUGGGUUAGUGGAUAUGUAUAGAAGGAGUGGUGAUAUGAAAAGUGCCUUCGAAAUGUUUUCCAGGUUUUCAAGGAAAUCUGCAGCAUCUUACAAUGCAAUGAUAGCUGGUUAUUGGGAAAAUGGCAAUUUGUUUAAGGCCAAGGAGUUGUUUGAUCGGAUGGAGCAAGAAGGUGUUCAGAAGGACAGAAUAUCAUGGAAUUCUAUGAUAUCAGGGUAUGUGGACGGUUCUCUGUUUGAUGAAGCUUAUAGCUUAUUUAGAGAUUUGCUGAAGGAAGGAAUUGAACCUGAUUCUUUUACUCUUGGAAGUGUCCUUGCUGGCUGUGCUGAUAUGGCUUCUAUUCGACGUGGGAAAGAGGCACAUUCCCUUGCCAUUGUCAGAGGUCUGCAGUCCAACAGUAUUGUGGGUGGAGCUUUGGUAGAAAUGUAUUCUAAAUGCCAGGACAUAGUGGCUGCUCAAAUGGCAUUUGAUGGAGUAAGUGAAAGAGAUCUUCCAACUUGGAAUGCUUUGAUAUCGGGCUAUGCCCGCUGUAAUCAAGCUGAAAAGAUUAGAGAACUUCACCAGAAAAUGAGAAGGGAUGGUUUUGAACCAAAUGUGUAUACAUGGAAUGGUAUUAUAGCUGGCUAUGUGGAAAAUAAACAGUAUGAUUCAGCAAUGCAAUUGUUCACUGAAAUGCAGAUUGCAAAUUUGAGGCCUGACAUAUACACAGUUGGAAUAAUUUUAGCCGCAUGCUCUAGGUUGGCUACAAUUCAACGAGGAAAGCAGGUCCAUGCAUAUUCCAUAAGAGCUGGGCACGACUCAGAUGUUCACAUUGGAGCUGCCCUAGUGGACAUGUAUGCAAAAUGUGGGGAUGUUAAGCAUUGUUAUCGCGUGUAUAACAUGAUAUCAAACCCUAAUUUGGUGUCCCACAAUGCUAUGCUCACUGCAUAUGCCAUGCAUGGGCAUGGGGAAGAAGGAAUUGCUCUUUUCCGCAGAAUGUUGGCCAGCAAAGUAAGACCAGACCAUGUGACUUUUCUAGCUGUUCUUUCUUCAUGUGUACACGCUGGAUCAUUGGAGAUUGGUCAUGAAUGCCUUGCUUUGAUGGUAGCUUACAAUGUGAUGCCCUCAUUGAAGCAUUAUACAUGUAUGGUCGACCUCUUAAGUCGUGCAGGCCAGCUCUACGAAGCAUAUGAACUUAUCAAGAACCUUCCAACGGAAGCUGAUGCAGUGACCUGGAAUGCUCUGCUUGGUGGUUGCUUUAUUCACAAUGAAGUUGACUUGGGAGAAAUAGCAGCAGAAAAACUCAUUGAAUUGGAGCCAAAUAAUCCUGGAAACUAUGUUAUGCUAGCAAACUUGUAUGCUUCUGCUGGGAAGUGGCAUUAUCUUACUCAAACUAGACAAUUAAUGAAAGAUAUGGGAAUGCAGAAGCGUCCAGGGUGCAGUUGGAUAGAAGAUAGAGAUGGAAUUCAUGUGUUCGUUGCUAGUGACAAGACUCACAAAAGAAUAGAUGAUAUAUAUUCUAUUCUGAACAAUUUAACUAAUUUAAUUAGAAUAAAGCAUAUGAAUCAUUUAUAACUUCAGCAAAUAGUUGUUCAAUAUUGAUUAAGAAUAUGCAUAUACGUAUUUCAGAAGAUAUUUAUCAUACCUCAACUUCCAAAGAAGACAGCUUUGACCUAUCUGUCAAGAAAACUCACUUCUUGGGUAUGACUAUGACGCAAUAAUAAAUGGAAGCAUGUUUGUAUAUUCUGCUCUUGCAAGACGGUUUAUAGUACACCGAGUAUGUUGACAAACAAACUCUUGAUGUUCUGCUGAUCCACUAAUUCGGGCAUCC